CUACUACUCUGUUUCAGGGAAAGAAGAUAAAAAGCCCCAAACUCCCCAUGGAGCAUCCUGCACACCCUCAUGCCUGCAGGGAUCCUGUUCAGGCGUCUCAGGCCUGUCCACGUACAUUUCCAAAUGGCUUGCUGCGAUCAAAGCUUCCCUCGGUCUGAGCGCGCCGCCCCAGUUGCUCUGACACUCCACGGAGCGCCGGCGCGAAGGAGUUAAGGCGGACGGGACCCCCACCGCCCGCAUCCCCACCGCCGGGGCCAGGCCCCUUCCCCCCGCCGCCGAGCAGCCGCCUGACGUCAGCCCCGCGCACGGCGCAGGGGACGCGCUAGCGGGCGGCGCGGGGCUCGGCGCGGCGGCGGCGGCGGCGGGUGGAGGAGACCCGCGGCGGGCGGCUGCGAGCGGCCGGGGGAGCGCGCUGCCGCGAGGCCGCCGCCCGCAGCCCCCGCCAGCAUGUCCGCGAAGGAGCGGCAAAAGGGCAAAGUGACCAAGGACAGCGUCACCCUCCUGCCCUGCUUCUACUUCGUGGAGUUGCCCAUAUUGGCAUCUUCUGUUGUUAGCCUCUAUUUUCUUGAACUUACUGAUGUCUUCAAGCCAGUUCACUCUGGAUUUAAUUGCUAUGACAAGAGUCUGAGUAUGCCAUACAUUGAACCUACACAAGAGUCUGUUCCCUUCUUGAUGUUGCUUAGUCUGGUUUUUGCGGGACCAUCAAUUACGAUAAUGAUAGGAGAAGGAAUUCUCUACUGUUGCCUGUCCAAAAGAAGAAAUGGGAUUGGAACAGAGGCCAAUAUUAAUGCAGGAGGAUGCAACUUCAAUUCUUUUCUUAGAAGAGCUGUCAGAUUUGUUGGCGUUCAUGUGUUUGGUCUUUGUUCUACUGCUCUUGUUACUGAUAUUAUACAGCUAUCAACAGGAUAUCAGGCACCAUAUUUCCUGACCGUUUGCAAGCCUAACUAUACAUCCUUAAAUGUAUCCUGCUCAGAGAAUUCAUACGUUGUGGAAGAUAUUUGCUCAGGAGCUGAUCUCAAUAUUAUCAAUGCUGGAAGAAAGUCAUUCCCUUCUCAACACGCCACCCUGGCAGCCUUUGCAGCAGUGUACAUUUCGAUGUACUUCAAUUCUACAUUAACAGACUCCUCAAAACUCCUGAAGCCACUCUUGGUCUUUGCUUUUAUCAUCUGUGGAAUUAUAUGUGGUCUAACUCGUAUCACCCAGUAUAAGAAUCAUCCAGUUGAUGUUUACUGUGGCUUUCUCAUAGGAGGAGGAAUUGCUCUUUAUUUGGGCCUAUAUGCUGUGGGGAACUUCUUACCAAGUGACGAGAAUGUCUUUCACCCAAAUUUUCACAGAGAACCUCUAAGGUCUUUGACAGACCUCAGUCAAGAUGCCAACAGAAUCCUGCCAGGUAAAAAUGGUAGCAGCAGUGAUGGCAUUGUCUCUCACCGUACAGAAAGUAUCCUGAAUAGAAACCACAGAGAUUCAGGGUCUCUGACCAAUAUCAAGAGAGCAAAUGCUGAUGUAGAAAUAAUAACACCACGAAGCCCAAUGGGAAAGGAAAAUAUGGUUACUUUCAGCAACACUUUGCCAAGAGUCAACACACCAUCCUUGGAAGAUCCAGCGAGACGAAAUGCAACAAUACACGCAUCAAUGGAUUCUGCCCGUUCCAAACAGCUGCUUUCCCAGUGGAAGAACAAGAAUGAAAGUCGAAAGUUGUCACUGCAAGUAAUAGAGACUGAAUCUGGCCAGUCACCACCAAGGGCUAUUGAAAUGAGGUCAAGCUCAGAACCCUCUAGAGUGGGUGUAAAUGGUGAUCAUCAUGGCCCAACUAGCCAGUACCUGAAAAUUCAACCUGGCAGUGUACCAGGUUGUAACAACUCAGGUCUUUCUGGUGGGCCAAGGGUCUCUAUUCAGUCACGUCCUGGCUCAUCCCAGCUAGUGCAUAUUCCUGAAGAGACUCAAGAGAACGUGAACACAUCACCCAAAAGUAGUUCAGCUAGAGCUAAAUGGCUGAAAGCUGCCGAGAAGAGCGUUGCAUGUAGAAGCAAUAGCCAGCCAAGAAUCAUGCAAGUAAUAGCCAUGUCUAAGCAGCAAGGAGUGCUUCAGGGCAGUCCAAAGAGUUCAGAGGGAAGCACAGUCACCUGUACAGGAGCCAUCAGAUAUAAAACCUUGACAGACCAUGAGCCAAGUAGCAUUGUCAGAGUUGAGGCUCAUCCAGAAAAUAACAGGCCUGUAAUUCAGAUGCCAUCAGAAGGUGAAGGAAGCGGAUCAUGGAAAUGGAAAGGUCCUGAAAAAAUCACCCUCCGUCAGACAUAUGAGCUAAAUGAUCUUAACAGAGACUCUGAGAGCUGUGACUCCUUAAAAGACAGUUAUGGGUCAGGUGACAGGAAAAGGAGCAACAUAGAUAACAGUGAGCAUCGCCAUCAUGGAAUCACUACAAUAAGAGUCACGCCAGUGGAGGGAAGUGAGAUUGGCUCAGAGACUCUGUCCAUUUCUUCUAGCCGGGACUCAACACUUCGAAGAAAAGGUAACAUCAUUUUAAUCCCUGAGAGAGGGAGCAGUCCAGAGAACACCAGAAACAUCUUCUAUAAAGGCACAUCCCCCACACGAGCAUACAAGGAAUGAGAGGAGACAUAUCAGCUGGUCCAUACCACCACAAAGUAAACACAUCUUGACACAGGUUCUGCUCUCUAUGUUUUGAGCUGAUAUUUACCUUUGAUGUGCCAAAUUAUUGACCAGCAGCUCAACUGCUGUUGAGCACUGCUGAUGUGCAAUGUGCAUGAGCCUGUGGAAAGCAUGUGGUGGGGGGAAAAGCACAAUGCCAGAACCUAACUAAUGUGAAACAUUUUCAUGCAACUUGUUUCUUUGGACUCAAAACAUUUAUCCAAGGGUGAUGAUGUCAAUCAAAACAAUGGUCUUGAACACAGACACUUUAUUUCCUGAAUGUGCCAACUUUUUAUUUAUAUUUGUGUCCAAAAAUCAACUGAAUUUUUCACAGCAAAGGCUGUAUCAGUAGUAUAUAUUCACCUUUGCAGAAUUUGCACCAAAUCUUUAAUACAGGAUGGUGCUGAUGAUAACUUUACAUGUUUUGAAAAAUUGCAUACUUAUUAGACUCUACAAACACAUGACAUAUUGAUGUGCAGUUACUUUAAAAGUAAUAUUGCUAAUACUAUGAUGAUGCUGGCUGCAUUCAUUUAGCGUAGGAAAUAUUUACAGCUUUGUUAUAGUGGAUCUGUCACAUUCAAAGAUUGCAAAGGUUUUGUGUAGUUCUUUAAGAUGUCUACUGCAACAAAAAAUGUGUGGGUGACAUUCCAUUAGAAUGGAAUAACUAUCUAUUUUGAAUAGUUUUGCUGCUACUGCUCAACUUUUGUUUAAGAACAGGUGCUACUAAUGAAGAGGCUGCUUCUUAGUGGGCUAACUUGUAGAAUUGUUUUAAAUUAUGGUUUUUAAGGGGUCUUUCAAAGUACUACAAGUAAUUCAGAUUUUACAUUUUUAAACCUCUUAUUCUAUCCUUCAGCAACCCUUCCAUUUUUCUAUUAGUUUUUAACCAUAUAAAGCAGGACACCAAUAACUGCAAGAUGCGCUAAUGUGAAAGGUGAGCCAUGAGUAAAUAAAGACAAACGGCCACUUUCCUGACCAGCUUGCAAGGAGACAGUAAUUAAUAUCAUAGCUCACACUUAGAAGCAGUCAUUCACCUCAUUUGCUUGGUAUGCCACAGGAACAAUCACAAGUUUCACCCCAAUCACUAUCAUUUAGGGGAUUUAUGCUUCGCUUUAAAAAUAGAAUGCCUUGGUAUUGCAGAAUCACUGAAUGAGUGUUGCAUUGUGCCACUACUACUGUUCACCUCCUUGAAACAUCCUUCAGAGCCUUCUUAAGCUUUCCCCCCCCCCCCCCCCCCGCCACUUAAGAAUAUGGAGGGUCUCUGCACCUGAGAGAACACAGAUUAUUUUGGUAAAUUGAGCUCAAAUAUAAUGAAAGAAAUUACCUGCUAAAAAUUUCCAUUGCCAAAAUUGUUGAAAGGAUGAGCUCUGAAAGGAAUAAGCAUAGCAUGUCCUGGGCAUGCUAGAAGGAAUGCCUCAUUACAUUUGGCUGUGACUUAACUUAAACCAUGAAGGAAGCUGGGGGCAGUGCUCGCCCAGUGCAGCUCCUUAUUCUCUCCUAGAUUAUUUCCACCUGAAAGAGAACUACUAUCAGACACCUCCCAGCUCCCCUGCUAGGAAGGGGAGGGAAUGGCUUAGCAAUCCCUUCACUGAAUAAGUAGCAGCAGAUCAGGUCUGUUCUCUGCCUUCUUGAAAGGUGUGUUUCACUCUAAGUCCUCUUCUGAUUUAGAGUAUCAGAGAACCAGAUCUGUACUACAUAGUCAGAACUUGUCUACAGACCCUACCCCACAUAACUCUGAGAAAAAGCCCACCCUACCCUAGCCAAGUAGGAGGUAGAAGGAAGAAUCAUCCCAUCCCAAGGAGAUAAAUAGCACAACACAUAUGCAGACCAAAAAAAACCAAACCACCAACUACAAAAAAACCUCAAUAUCAAAACAAAAUCCCAAACCCAGCCCUAGUCCUAAGUAAUGUCAGAAGUAUGAGGAUGGUGUUUGCUAAUCUGUAUAGAAUAAGGGAUUCAGAGUCAAUGGAAAGCUUUAUAUACCUUCCCAGUUAUACAGGUGCUCCAGGCUUAGCUGAGCGCUGUCAGCCAACCCUGUCAAGCAAUGCUUCCCUCACCUGCCCAUCACCCAGUCCUGUGGAAGAGUGUUGGUCCUUAAGGAAAUGACCACACUUUUCCUGCUAAUAAUAGAAGACAACCCCAUCAUACAUUUGAUGAUUGGGAGGAAGUAUUCUGCAAGUUUCAUGUAAGAAGCUAAGCAGUAGGGUUGCAGCAUAUUGUAUAUGCUAAAUGCACAGUAUGUUGAAGACACACUGUAAGGCACAUUAGCUGGGAAAAAUAAUCAUAGCUGCCAGGGAAGAAAAAAAAAAAGUAAUUUUUUAGAAAUAUAUUCUCAGACUCUAGUAUUUACAAGUCAGGAUUUGUUUUUUCUUUCUAAAAGGAUGAAUCUUUAGUCCUUGGUAUUUAAUAUCAAAUUUUGUACAAGGUUCCUAGGAAUUACAAACACUUGGAUUGUCAUGAAUAAAACCCUUUGGAUUUAGUUUAGUCUAGGUACAUGAUAAAGCAGGUAAGAUUAUCUUUAAAGGAAAGGGUGAGACACAAUCACUGUUGGCCUAUCAAUGCAGGGAAAUAAGAUGCAAUCAUUUAUUAGUUUGUAAGUGCAGGGGAAAAGAACGUCAGUAGAUGAACCUGGAAAUAAUGGAAAAUUGAAAUGGAGAAUAAUGGCAAUAAAGCAAAGAUUAGAAAAUGUUCCCUCUGGCAAUUUAGCUGUUUUGGAAACAGCAGGAUUCCUGGUGGGAGUGUUUGUUCUUUAUUCCUUGGUUUUAGUCAGAUAUAUAUUGGCAUAUGUGUUGCUUUUAUUACUCUAAAACUUGCUGCACUAUUUCAAGUGCAGUGUGGUAUUUUUCCUAAGGUUUCCUAUUUCUUAACAAAAGAUUUUAAAGCUCUUGUGUAAUCAUUGAAAUUGUGUUCUUUACAUAAAUAUUGAUAUAUUCUUUUUUACUCAAAGUGCCAAAGGCUACUGUUUUUAAUAAUGGCUUAUCAAAUUAUAUUACGUUAGAAAGCAGAAAUGUAAUAAUAUAUACAUUGGAACUCAGACCUCUGCAUGUAUAUUUGAUAAGGAGCCUUUUGUAAAAUUACUCUUUGUUUACAUUCCACUGAUACCUUAAUUUAAACUUAAUCAAAUAAAUUGACAGGUGACAUCUUAGUGUUCUGAUUUUCUUACUUGCUAACAGGCACGAAUUUCUUUGUUAGGCUGUGCUUUAUUGAGAAAAGAAAAUACUCAAAAAUAAAAUAUGUUUUUAAAUGAAAAUUCUCUAUAUAAAGUAUUGUGUUUAAUAAAAUGUUAUGCAAUGUUUUCAAAUGGAAAAGAAUUUGUAAAUUGCUAUAAAUGUAUUUUGUUAAAUAAGUACAGAUCAAUGCUAUUGUGUGAGUUUAUUGUGCUAACUUCAUGAAAAUAAAGAUAAAAUUCCUCAUU